AUGUUUGCAAAAUUAUCCUGCCCGAUAAGAAGUUCGCCACAUCCUAGACGCAACAGCCAGCAGAAGGUGCACUCGCGGGCGGAGGAUCAUCAUCAUCUGGCCACCAGGAGACGCCAGAUCGAAUCUCUCGACAGCACUAUUUUCGAUGUCCUGGUUAUCGGUGGAGGGGCCACAGGAUGCGGAUGUGCCUUGGACGCCGCCUCGCGGGGUCUCAAGGUUGCACUGAUAGAGGCCUCGGACUUUGGGAGCGGCACCAGCGCCAAGUCCAGCAAACUGGUGCAUGGCGGUCUGCGCCGUCUGCCUAUGGCCAUCAAUACCCUAGACACUCGUAAAAUAGGGGAGAUGAGGGACACUCUGAUGGAGAGGGGCCUCUUCCUGAGGAACGCCCCGCAUCUGGUCAGCAGCGUGCCGAUGUUGAUGCCCUUGCAGAGCUACGCCGAGAUGUCUCGCGUGUGGCUGAUCCUCAAGCUGUACGACCUGCUGGCUGGCUUCUCCAGAGUUCAAUCCUCACAUUUCCUGUCUCCGGAGGAGACUCACCUGGCCUGUCCACUCUUAAAGAUGGACCGGCUGCGGGGAGCCCUGGUCAGCUAUGAACUACAGAUGGACGAUGCCCGCUUGUGCAUGGCCCUGGCCAUGACAGCAGCCCGUCAAGGAGCACGGAUAGUCAACUACGUGCAAGCCCAGCAACUCUCCGGCCCAGACCAGGAAGGCAUUCGAUCGUGCCUGGCCAGAGAUCUGCUCUCCCGUCGGCAGAUUCUGGUGCGUUCCAACUCCGUUGUUAAUGCUACCGGACCCUAUGUGGAUGGAGUGCGUCGCUUGGACUCGGAACAAGCGGUGGCGGUGGCCAAACCGGCGGCAGGCACUCACAUUGUUCUGCCCGGCUACUUUUCCCGGAGUCACGCCAUCCACAGCCUCGGGCACGACGAGCUCUUUGCCAUGCCCUGGCAGGGCCACACCUUGGUGGGUUGCACCUCAGGACCACCGGGCCUGGCGCCCACCCGCGAGGAGGUGGAGGUGCUGCUGGAAAAGUUCCGAGCAAAGUUGCGCCCCGACGUGGAGCUGAACACCCGGCAUGUACUGAGUGCCUGGAAGGGUCUCUGGACCACCAUCUGUCUUCCGGAUCGGCCGCUGGUCAGCGAAACCGGACUUAUCACCAUAUCCGGCGGCAACUGGACCAACUACAGGGCCAUGGCCGAAGCCGCUGUGGAAGCGGCAGUGCGGCAUUUCCAGCUGCCGGUCCUCUGCCCGUGCCGUACUAGAAACAUUCCCCUGGACGGGUCAGUCGGCUACACGGCGCAGUUGGCUACGGAUCUGGUGCAGUGCUUUGGAGUAACAUACGAUGUGGCCAACCACCUCGUCCACUCGUACGGAUGCAAUGCCUUCCGGCUGCUGACGGCUUUCGACACCGCGCACCAGAAGUUGCAUCCCCAGUUCCCCCACAUUGAGGCCGAGGUGCACUAUGCGGUCGAGUACGAGUUCGCCUUGACGGCCUUCGACGUUCUGGCCCGCCGGAUGAGGGUCGCCUUCCUGGACGUGGCCGCCGCCACCCACAUGCUACCGCGUGUGGUCGAAAUCAUGGCCCAAAGGCUCAAGUGGAGCAAGCCGGUUCAGGAUGCCGAAAUGCAGCGUACCAUCAAGUUUCUGCAGCAGGAGAUGGGCAUGGGAUUUGUGACUGUUGUGGAUACAAUUGACGCUUCUCAGGAGCUGGAGGUUAGAAAAAGUGCGUCCAAGUAG